UUUGUUCAGUUAAAUAUCGUCAAUUGUGGAGUUUGUACGUCUUCCGAAAACGUACCGGGUGGCAAAAUUUUGAGCACAAAGGCGGUGGAAUAAAUUAAUCAAAGUUAUUUUUUCUUUCGACAAGAAUAUACAAAAAAAUAAAUAAAAAAUAAAAGUGAUACAUAUAAAUAAAUGUGUAUUCUAUACACACAGUUGUAGUAUUUAAACACAGAUAUGUUCUAGUGGAAAUAGUAAAAAUUAAGACAUGAAGAAAUUAAAAAUCAAAUCAAAAUACAUUAACAUUAAAUAUUAAAAGAUUUUCUACGAAUCCAACGAUUUUUCCCUCUCACAAACAACCAAAAAAACAAAAAAAAAAAUAAAGAAACAAGCAAGAGAAACAAAAAAAAAAACGAUUUGAAAAUCCAAAAAUAAGAAAGAAAAUAAACAAAAUUCAAUAUUGUAAGAAUACAAACAAAUUGAUACAAUGACGGUAGUGUUUCAUAUAAAAAAGUGGCUCUAUUGCAAUCAAUUUCUAAGAAAAAUUCCAAAAAUGUAUGAACGCAAUCGAUAAAUGAUCAAUUGGCAAAGAGAAUUGUAAAACAUACAAAAAAAUUGAAAUAAUUCCUCCCCUCCCAAAACAAAAAAAAAAAAAAUUAAAGAAAAAAGAAUUUUAAAAAUAAAAUAAUCAAAAUGCAGUAAAACUACAAGUGCAAGUGUUCCAAAAUAAUAAAAAAAAAUAAAAUCAUAAAAGAAACACAAAUAAAAAGUAAAUGCAUUCGAAACGUAUGGUUAAUAAAAGAAUUAUUAUUUUUAAAUACUCGUAUAUUGUAAAGUAAAACCAACAAGUUAUAAUUAAAAAAAAUUUAAAAACAAACAAACAAAAAAAGAAGUAGCAAUCAAACUUUAAAGUUUUAUAAUCAAUCAUCAAACACUUUUGUUAAAAUUCUACACCAAUUGCGGAAACGCCAUGAAUGCGCGAAUAUUGCGCAAAUGGAGUAUACAUACGAAAAAUCUAAUGUCUUGCUCGGUGUGCUCACUUGUGGUCGUUGUACUGCUGCUACUUGUCACAUGUGCACCAUCCCUAAUAUUGGCAACAAUGAACUUUCGUUCAGACGCAUCAUUUGCUGCAAAUCCACCACAUAUGCCAAAAAAUGUAAUCAAGGAGGCAACAUUGUCGUCGUCGACAUCAUUAUCAUCCUCAUCAUCGUCGUCAACAUUAUUAACAUCGUUAUUGUCAUCAUUACCAAACAGAAAUCACAGACUGGCGUCAACCAGUCCUGGGGAAGUUGUCAAAACUGCAGACAUCCACAGAGAGCCAUUUCCGGGCUAUUACAACAAUUACCCUGCAGAUGACACUCGGCCAUUGCCACCACAGCAACCCGGCAGUAGUAGUGGUGGUGGUGGCAGUAGUAGCAGCAGCAACAGUGGCCGAAACACAGGGUUGUUGUUGUUGUCAGCCAAUAGUAAAAGUAGACACACAUUCAAUGAUAAUAAACAGCAGCUACACAGCAAUAAUGACAAUCUAGGCUACAUGCUCCAACUAAGAGGGUGGCCUAGACACCCACACCCACAUCCACAACCAUACCACACACCCUCACCACAGGCUACAGUAGCUGAUGGUGAUGCAUCGUAUAACGAUGGCAUCAAACCAUCAUACACUGCAGCUAGCGUUGCUGGUGAUGAUGACGAUGAUGAUGAUGAUAACGAUAAUGAGGAGUACGUAGAAGAGGAUGAUAAAGAUGCUGCUGAUAGAAAAGUGUUGUAUGUGAGAAAUGGAAAUGGUCCUCAACAGAUACCAACCAACUCAAGAGGCAGCUAUGCUACAACACCAAAUCUCAACUUUCCAGUGCAACAGCAAUAUUACAAGAAUGUUAGAAGAAUGGCGGAUAGAACACAUCAUGUUGCACCAUCUCCUCUAACACUGCAUAUAACAACACCAUCACCAUCACCAGCAACAAACACCAAAACACUCUUGCAACUACAACGAACAUCACGAACAGCAUCUGCAUCUGCAUCAGCAUCAGCAUCAGCCCAUUUAAAACAACCAGAACUGAUACAUAGUAAUAUUAAUAAUCUUAAAAACGUAAAAAACAUCUUUUCAACAACACACAAUAAAUCGCUGCAGCCAGGAGAAGAUAAUGUUUUCGGCAUUGAUAACUCCAAUGUAAACAAAAUUAAGUCGUCGUCAUCAUCGUCAGGCUUGCCGCUUCGCUUCAUUAUAGAAUCCUACGAGGUGCCUGCCUCAUUGCCUUUGGCAAGAGAACUAACAGAACAGCAGCGUCGCAUGCUGAUACACGAACAACAUUUAAAGCAAUUGCGUACAAUGCAACAGCAGGCGGCCCGUAGUAGACGCGACUCUCUACGUGGUCGUUAUAAAAAAUAUGAAAACGACCUGCUAACAGCAUCGUCCACAUCGACAUCUUCAUUAUCAGCAACGCAGCAAAGCUUUCGAAAAUCUCCCUCACUCCACAACUUGAGACAACAUCAACACCAGCAUCAGCACCAACAACACCAACAACGCAUGCGCAAACACUCGCGGCGCUAUUGCUCUGCCAGAGAUCCCGCCCAAUUGGCAUUCGAAGCGCCUACAGUGUUCGAGGGCAAAAUUGUCUCAAUGACACCCGAUCGCCGGCAAAACUUUUCGGCCACCGUCGAGGUUAGAGAGGUGUUUAAACAGCAGAUCGGCUAUCGUUUGCAAAAAUAUCUGCGCCUACAAUUCGCCUAUCGCAACAACAGCGGCGAAUGUGAUAUUUAUCGCGAACAAUUGAGACCGCGCGGUCUGGUCAGAGGUGACACCAUCGAACCGGGUCGCAUGUAUAUGCUGUUUGUCCAGCAAAUAGACAUUGGCAACUUUACAAUACUUGGCCAGCCCAUAAGGAAGACUAAACGCGUGGUGGAGGCAGUACGAGAUGCAGUGAGUGGAAACUAUGCACAGCUUGCUUCUAUAAAAUCAAUAUCAGCCAGUAAUCGUACUGUGGAAAAUGGCCAAGAGCUGAGAAUUGUUUGUAAAGUAACUGGACGACCACCACCCAAAGUGACUUGGUUUAAGGAUCACCGAUCAAUAAAUCGCAAUCGUAAACUGUAUCAGUUUUCUCACUAUAAAAAAAGAUCUGAACUUAUUAUACGUUCUUUUAAUACCUCAGAUGCUGGUCGUUAUGAGUGUCGAGCAAAAAAUAAGGUUAAUCGUAAUAUAGAACGCAGAGCAAUCGUAAUUAAAGCGUAUCCAGUACAACGUUUUGAUCCCAAUCCCAGAGGUACAGGCAACAAUUGCCCGGAUGAUGCCUCCGAGUUCUGUUUCAAUGGCGGAACUUGCAAAUUCUUUUCAGAGAUCGGUUCCUAUUCCUGCAUAUGCCCCGAAGGCUUUAUUGGUGAAAGAUGUGACCGGAAAGAAGUCAACAAUAUGCCCCCUAAUUUUAUGUUGCAAUCUACGGCCAAAUACACACCUUUGAUAAUUUAAACUACCACUACCACUACUACUUAGUACUACUACUACUACUCAUUACCACUACUAUUUUUUGUACUUUUUUAUUGGUUUCGAAUUAUUAUUAUUUGUAUUUAAAUUAGUAGUUUUUUUUAUAAUACAUCUUUAAGACAAAUGAAACAAAAAUUGUUAUAAAAUAAAUUUAUGUAUGUAAAUAAAUGUGAAAAAGUAAAGAAAUAUAAACAUAUUUGUAGAAAGAUUUGGCUGGUAGGCAAACGCAGUUUUAGAAAAAAUUUAAAAAAAUCAAAAAAAAUCUUCCUAAAUACGAGAAUCUUAGCAGAAUUUGUCAAUGAAGAUUUUUAUUUUGAGGCUGGAUUAAACGACCGUAAUGUAGGGUACCCUUAACGGAAUGGAACAGAUGAUCGUUUUUGUUGUGUGUAAAGUAGAGAUGAGCGAUCACGGGAUUUUUGAAGAUCUUCGUUCUCAGUGAACGUGAUUUAUAAAUCAUUCAGUGAUCACUCUUCGUUGCUAACUACCCCUGCAAACCUUGCAUAUGUUGCAAAUUUAGCAAAAGUGCUAUACUUUGCAGUAACAUAAUAACAAAAUAUAGCAUUUGCAACAAAUUCAGUAACAGUUGUUACCAGUGAUUUUUCACGGUGAUUAAAUCACAGGUAUGGAUAUAUCGCCUAUACUAAAUCGGUUAUACUAAAUGAUAAAAUAUAAUGUAACUGUAACGUCUGAACCUGUUAAAAAUAUAAUCUUUUUACGUUUUUACGUGACAUCUGCUAACAGAGUUGUUUCUUGAAAGCAAUUAAAUAUUUUUAUUUUUGAAGAAAACUCAAAAUAUUUUUGUUUUUGAUGUCAAAUUCAUGUUACACAUUUUUAAUGUUCUAUAAUCACACUAUAGUCUUACGUUAAGUCAAUAUUACGGCUACAUUUCAUCAACGGUUGGGUAAGUCAGUAUUUAGACUUGAAUCUUAAAAGUACCUUAACUCCAUUGACUGUGACUUGUCAUUUAAGUUUGAAAAUUUAACUAUUAAAUUUGGCUUUAGGUGAUAAGACUUAACGAAGAGAGAAUAAAAUGAAAAUUCAUCCGUUUGACCAAAAAAUGGUAUGAAAGUCGUUUUUGCUUUUACACGAUCGGUAUAAAAUAAGAUGAUCACAGCUGUUAGUGUUUUUUAGCUUUGUUUAUAUACAAAUGCAAACAGUUUUUUGAAAAUUUUCAAAAAUAAAGAGAUCCAUACAACUGUCUACUAUUCAUCUGUAUUUUUUCUCAAUGUCAAAUGGUUUUAUUACAUAUCGAUGGCUUAAUAUAAAAAGACCCUAACUCGUUUUUUUUUGUAUGUCCAGAUUUUCAUUUAUUUCGAUAAAUGGUCCGAUCAUAUAUCAUUAGCCAAACAAAUCACGAGAUAAAAAAACACGAGUUAGGGCCUUUUAAUAUUAAGCCAUAGAUAUUAGGUUUAGACUAUCCCAUUCGUACUGUUCUACACACAAUUUUGACAGAUCAUAUUACUUGUGCUGAUAUCGAAAAUAACUCGUCCACUUAUUUUUUAUAACUUAUAACUUUGUCUGCUUCACAAUGUCUGCUAAUUUGUUAAUCUAAAGUUGCAAUAAUGAAACAAUAUCAGUAUAACUUUAGGUUAAAAAAAAAAUAGGGGAAAAUCAUCUGUUUCUGUGUUGUCUCACCAGGAAACGGUGUACGAACUAUUUUCAGUCUUUGCAUUUAAAAAAAAAGCUUACUUUUUCCCAAUUGUGAAGCACGUUCAGCGACUUCCAAUGUAUUCAAUGAUGAAACACAGCCAAUUAGGUAAGUGAUAACCAACCUAUGAGAGUUCGACAAUGUUGGUAGAGAAUGAGGCGUUUAUUUUACCAAAUACUGACGUCAAAUAAAUGGCAGUGUGUCUUUCUGAAUAUAGAUCAGGCUUUUCAUAAAUAAAUAAUUUUUGAUGGAUUUUUCUUCCAAUCGUGCACGAUCUUAUUUACUUUGUUUAAAACAUCGAAAAACAAUCAAAAUUAUUAAACAUAUCAUUAGUUCAAUCGUCGAACAUGUUUUCAAGGUUUUUCAAAAUAAUUUCGAGUAUAUUUGGCACACAAUUUCUUCAGGCGUCAAGAUUAACUUCACCUUGUGAAUUUCUACAAACUAGCCUUCAUUUGAGUUAAAAUAACCCAUAAAUUCCUUCAAAAACCCUGUUGUUUGAGCCGCCUUGAGAGUGCCCGCAUUGUCAUCGUGUAGAAUGUCUCUUAAUGUAUAAACAGAAUUUUCCAAUUGUGUUUUUGAAGCACAAUCUGCAAUAUGUUUCCCUUUUGAUAAUUUUAACAAGUGUCGAUCACAUUUGUGGUCUGUACAUCUGAAUAGUCGAUAUUGAUUGGCUACUGUUAGAGUAAUGUUUAUGCUAUUUGGAGCAUUUUAAAACCUUUUACAGUAGAAUGAUCUUUAAUUUCAAGCUCAUAUUCAGAUUUAAUUCAUAUUUG